AAAACCCUCGCCGGCAACCGCGAUGCCAGCUGACUGCGAGCGAGACUUUAACCGCCGCCUUUUAAAUCUCCUCUCGCGCUCACCUUUGUAUUUUCCUGAUUUUGAAAGAGAACAUGGAUAGUGACAGUGAUGAAGAGAUCUUCUUUGGACCUGUAACAGUCAAAGAACAAGAGAUCUCCUCAAAGCUGAAGAACAGAAGAACAGAACUUUUUUCAUCUGGGCCACCUUUGUUCCGGAGAAGAUCCUCACGACCAUCCCUAGCAUCCUUGGAGGAGGAAGGUAAAGGGUGUGAUAAUGACAGUACUACCUCCCUUAUUGUGCAUGGGUAUAGUGCCUGUGGUGCCCUUUCAUCUUCUGCUGGUGAGGAAAGUUCUCAUUGGGAAGGAUCUAUGGCAAACAGUUCUUCACAAUCGUCAGGUCUUGCUGAAUCCACAGAAGUCUUGGCCUCACCUUCAGAUUCACUGCAAAGCAAUGUCAAGCCCUUGUUUGUCUUUCAAUCACAGUCCAAUGCAAAACUGGAAAAUAAGGCAUAUGGGACUGAGAGUGAAAUAUUUCACAGUAAUUCAGGAAGUUCUGAAACUGAUUCAUUACAUCAUAACUCAGCACCAGAAGUCAACCUUGUCUCUAGAAUUGAAGCAUCAUGUGAAAGUAGUGACAGUGCUUUGCACUCUGACUCAUAUUGUAGAACAUCAGAGGAGGGAUCAUCUAGGAAUAUUGAAGAAUUAGAGCCCAAUGAAAUGGAAAUCUCAGAAUCUGAUGUUGAUGCACCAGAGGCAGACCUUCAGAUGAGCCCAAAAGCCCAAGAGGAAGCAAAGACCCUAUCGAGUUCCGUAGUAGAUGCUGAAAACACCAAGACUGAAUACAGAGAUACAGAUCCCUGUGUAAGCCAGGAAGUCACUUGUAGUGAUGAAAGUUCUCUGGGUGAUGAUGCUCAUGUAAUAGGAAAGCAAGAUAAUGUAUGCAAUGUGGAUCAAGAAAUGCAGAGUGAGUGUUAUAAUGAAAAUUCUGAGAGUAGCCAGGUAAACAACAUAGGAAGCAUUGCAAAAGGGAGGGCAGACCAUAAACAUGUAGAUUCUCCAAACAAGGGAUCAUCUAUGAAUAGUAAAGAAUCAGAACCCAGUGAAAUAGAAAUAUCAGAAUCUGAAGUGGACACACUGGAGCCAGACCGUCAGAUGAGCCCAAAAACCCAAGAGAAAGCAAAGACGGCAUCUAGGUCUGUAGUAGAUGCAGAAAACACCAAGACUGAAUACAGAGAUACAGAUCCCUGUGAUUCAAUUGUAAGUCAUGAAGUAACUUGUAGUGAUGAAAGUUCUCUGGUUGGUGAUGCUCGUGUAAUAGGAGAGCAGGAUAAUGUAUGCAAUGUGGAUCAAGAAAUGGAGAAUGAAUUUUAUAAGGAAAAUUCUGAGAGUAGCCAGAUAAACAGCAUAGGAAACACAGUAUUUAAAAGAGCAGUCCCCAAACAUGUAGAUUCUCCAAACAAGAUAGAAAGCUGUAUGUCACAGACAUGUAACGAGAGUGACAAAGAAACAGGUGUUUUUAAAAGGAGAAGAGAGCCCAGAGACUGAAAAGAAAAUUACCAGUUAUGAUAAGUUGAAAGAUUCUAAAGCAGUGACCCAAGAAAAGUCAUGUGUUAAUGAUGUGCAGGAAACACUAUCAUCAUUAGAGGGAGAAAAAAUAGGUGAAUUAGACACAGAUACCUCUCUUUUGAAAAGUUACACUUCCAGAUUCUCAAGUAAAUCACAAAUAGAAGGUUAUGUUCAUGAGCUAACUCACACCAAAAAGCUAGUUAAGCCACGCGAAAGUUAUUACAGUAGUCUUGAAGUUAUUAAUGUGAAUGAGGCAAAUAUUUUUGAUGAAUUCAUUAUAGAAGAGAAAAAUUACCCACAUGAUCUUGAGCACAUAUGUACCACUGAUAAAAAGGUUUUCCCAGAUAUUAAAGAUCAGCAGAGUAGAUCAAGCUUGAAAAAAUAUUCCUCUAGUACAUGUGAAUUUCUU